AUGGGAAAGCACUUUGACUCGAUACCCAAAGAACUUGUACCAUGGAUUGAACAGCAGAAGAUCUUCUGGGUAGCAACAGCACCGCUCAGCGAAGACGGUCACAUCAACGUCUCGCCAAAAGGGGUUGAGGGCACCUUUCAUCUGGUAGAUGAGAAUACCUGCUGGUAUGAGGACCUUACCGGGAGCGGAGUGGAGACAAUAUCUCAUCUGAGGGAGAAUGCCCGUAUCACCAUCAUGUUCAGUGCCUUUGAAGGUCCACCACGCAUCAUGAGGUUUUGGGGAAAAGGGACCGUAUAUGAAGUCGGUACUCCAGAAUAUGACGCAUAUAUCCAACCUGAGCAACGAAAACCUGGAUCCCGAGCCAUAAUUCUUAUCAAAAUUCAUAAAGUGGGGACAUCGUGCGGCUAUGCAGUACCCUUCUUCACCUUCGACCGGUACCGUACUCAAUUAGAGAGCCAUUUCGCGCGAAAAGAACUGCAAGACUUGGAACACGGCGCUCGUGCACCUGGACAGAGUGGUAUGCUCGACUAUUGGGCCCAGAAGAACGUAAGGAGUCUCGAUGGAUUACCUGGUCUGCAGCAGGGUAUUCGUUUUGCAGAAUCCCUGGAAGCUACGUUACCUCCUGGGUACAUCGGCAGUGGCGAGGCCCAGAAAUGGCGGCGAAAAGAGGUGGAAGAGGUCAAAAAGGGUCAUCACGCUUUAUAUAUCUCCUAUUUCGACUGGUUCACAUCUACCCAGACCAAGAUGGUGCUUUCUUUCUUAUUUGGUGUAGCGCUGACGGUCAAAUUCCAGCCGUACAUCGCCACCAAGUACAGAGGUUAA